UCUAGCUUUCUAAUUGGCCGAACAACAUCACUGAUUGAAUUUUUAUUUUGCAAUAAAAAGACGAAAAAUCCGAACCAACAAAACGAAGCAACAGCAAAGAAAAGAAACUGAAAAACAGUGAAAACAAUCACAGUGUAGUUCACGCGCCUCUACACAACCAUUUCCAUCUUCGUCAAACCCAAACCCCAACUUCCGCCACCGAUCCGGGAAUCAACCGCCACCACGUUAAGGUGUCUCGACUCUCCGGCAACCGUGAAAGCAAGCCUUUGAACAUUUGAAUUUUUGGUUUAAAAUGGUUUCUUUUGAGAUGAAUGAUCGCAAGAAGAUUGGAUUGGGAUUAACUGGCUUUGGAAUAUUUUUCUCAUUCCUCGGCGUUAUAUUUUUCUUCGACAAGGGUUUGCUAGCAAUGGGAAAUAUCCUCUUUGUUUCUGGAGUAUCUCUGACCAUUGGACUGAAAUCCACCAUGCAAUUCUUCAUGAAACGUAGUAAUUUCAAGGGGACAGUUUCAUUUGGUGUAGGAUUCUUGAUUCUUAUACUGGGAUGGCCUAUUUUGGGCAUGAUUGUGGAAUCUUACGGAUUCCUCGUGCUUUUCAGUGGCUUCUGGCCUACACUCUCUGUUUUCUUGCAGAAGAUUCCUGUUCUUGGUUGGAUUGUUCAACAGCCAUAUAUUCGAUCGUUGUUUGACCGCUAUAAAGGAAAACGAGUGCCUGUGUAACACCUGGAUCUAUGGAAACAUUAUGUAGCUGCUUGCGAACGCCUAUGUAAGUCCAUGUAAAGAAAUCACUUGAUACAGAGACCCGGCUCCAAAUCGCUCUCAUUUUGAUGGUAGAAAAUUGUCAUGAUAGUUCUCUUAGUCAAAAGAAGAUGGAAAAGAAAAAGGUUUUGGUUUUCUUUUCAACUCAUUGCUUAGUCCUUUUUCAACUCUCAUUCAUCGUCCAACAUUGAGUUGUCAGUUUUGCAAGUUCUCCUACAUUUCUGUUCUAAUCAGUGACACCUUUGAAAAUGAUCUGUUAUCGGGACUUAUCAUAGUGUCAUUUAUUUUCUAUAUGUCAAGGGAAUAUAACAAUUUUAAACGAUUUAGCGAGUGGAAUUAGUGCAGCAAUAUGUGACUUUAUUUUUUAAAUCUUUUGAAAUGUAUAUCGCCCUAUUGAUUUUCGGUCUAUC